CAGCCAAUUAAUCAAUGUUAGCUGAAUCUGACCUUGCACUGGAGUGUUAACUGCUUCAAUUCAAAGGUACAUCAAUCUCGUUGUUCAACUGCGCAGCUCUUGUUUGCUUUCUAGCCAAGACAGGAACCGACCCUCAGGCCUCAACGUCAUAGCGGCUGACGAAGCGAUUGCCAUCCGAGAUCGAAUCACUCCCUCUCCCUCCGUCUUCGGUCCUGAGUUACUCCGUAUUCCUUGCUGCUUUUACCUGUCUGCCUACCUUGCUUACACCAGGAAUUCCAAGCCUUUUCCGGUGUAGCUUCUUCGGGAGUUUUACGGCACAUCCGAGUGUUAAAUCUUUUCUAUGCUUUUUCCACCAUCAGAUGCUCUUUGGCCUCAUCCAUGAGUGGGCUCCUCUCUUCAUUGUUGAUUGAACCCGUCAUUCGGCAAGCCCGUCGCCUCUCACAACAAACCAGUCCCCGACCAUCUUCCGAUUCUUUAACAGCCGGGAAAGACUGUGCCGCUCCCUUGGCUAGUGAUGGCGAUCAAACCAGCCAGGGCGCGGUUAUGACGGACUUCACACACCCUGGGCUUCUCUCAAAUGGCGGAGAUGCGGGGUCUGAAGAUGGCCGCACUCUUCCCUCCGCCUCACCUCCAGAUCACCUACCGAUUGGACCUUCUCACGAACAAGAACACCGAUUUCCUCCUGGAUGGACAACAAUACCGAGUCAAGAUCGUCUACCGCAGACUUCGCAUUUCCAAAUGACUCGCACGAACCUGUCAAUCAGCCCACAGCAGACCGUCUCGGUUCCAGCUACGCAAGACGCCUCUCAACCAUCCAGCCCACAUUCACAGCCUCCGGAACAGGUGUUGAGUCAUAAUCUCAUGACAGAGGAACCGGGCUGUCCUGUUGCGCUUCCAGAAGAUGACGGUAUGGGUGCUUUACGGAGGCGGAUUCAUGCAAUUCGAGAUCUAGGUUACAGCAAUACAGAUCAGGCGCGCAUGAUUCAUGCACUGAUGACCGAGAAGUACAAUUCUCACCGGAGUGACUCUGCCGACCAACAAAACACUCCGAGAAGCCCAUCACCUCUCAUUCCUCAGAGCCCCAAGCAAGACGAAACCGCCCGCCGAUGGAGUAUUAUCUCGUUGGAGCGGUCCUCACCAUUAGCGUCCUCCGCACCUGUCAAAAGCGAAAGCUACAAUUUGACUGCGGAAGAUCUGCUACCGACCUAUGCACCCAAACCAGAAUUAGAGUCACCUGCAUGUGAGGUGGACGACCUCGACACCGAAGAGGUUGAGGAAGUGUUUCUAGGCUGCGAACAUUAUAAGACAAACGUCAAGUCGCAGUGUUUCGACUGUAAGAAAUGGUACACCUGCCGGUUUUGCCACGAUGAGGUCGAAGAGCACCGUCUGGAUCGGCCCAAAACAGAGAACAUGCUCUGCAUGCUGUGUGGGGAAGCCCAGCCUGCAGCGCAAUCCUGCAGGAAAUGCGGCGAACAAGCGGCGCAAUACUACUGCGAAACCUGCAAGCUCUGGGAUAACGACGCCAACAAGAGCAUCUAUCACUGUAGCGAUUGUGGCAUCUGCCGUAUCGGUAAAGGUCUUGGGAAGGACUUCUUCCAUUGCAAGACGUGCAGUGUUUGCCUUCCUAUCUCCAUCGAGAACACCCACCGGUGCAUUGAGCGCUCCACUCAAUGUGACUGCCCUAUUUGCGGAGACUAUAUGUUCACUUCUCCUGAGACUGUAGUCUUUAUGCGAUGUGGCCACAGUAUCCAUCAACGGUGUCUCUCCGAAUACUCUAGAACUUCAUAUCGCUGUCCGAUCUGCAGCAAAACCAUUACCAACAUGGAGUCUACAUUUCGAAAUCUGGAUCGAACCAUCGAGAGCCAGCCUAUGCCGGCAGAAUUCAAAGACACAAAAGCUCUUGUCUACUGCAACGAUUGCAGCGCGAAAUCUGUAGUGAGGUAUCACUGGCUAGGGCUGCGAUGCGACCUGUGUGAAUCGUACAAUACCGCGCAGAUUCGUUUAGUCAGGGGCAACGAUUCAGAUCCCUCCGCGUUAAACAGUGAUACGGAAGAUAUUUCAACGACGCGGGCCAGGUCUUCCUCGCAUGGCGCUGACGAAAGCGGCCUGUCUACAUUCGAAUCACUACGUAUUGACACCAGCUCAGUCCCUGGGCACGAGUCUCAACUUUCUGUUCCCAUGUCUGCUGAUCCUAGUCGGCAAUUUGCUUCCUACAGCCUAACGCGCGAUCGUGCUGUCUCGCCUGUCAUUCGGAACUACUUUGGUAUCCCGCCUGACCGUGGUUCGAAUCGAUCACAGUCGACUUCCUUCUUCAGUGGACUCUCAUUUGGCGGCGUUGGUGGCCGUCGAGAGAGUGAGGAUGGUGGAGAACUUCGAUUGUGGGGGACCAAGAUCAAGUACAGCUAUGGUUUCCUGGGGCAGGAAAACGAGUCUGUUGACGGUGCUUCCGAUGCCGACAUUGAUGAAGACGAAGAUGGCGGAGCCUCAGGCAACAGUGGCUCAGAGCAUGGCAGCGAUGAGGAAGAUGACGAUGACGAGAGUAUCGACAUCUUUGGGCAUCGCUGAGGCCACAAGGGCGAUAGUGAGAGUUGGCUGGUCCAACUGGAGUGGCUUGUAUGAUAUCUUUGAUGCGGUUACAUGGUGGGCGUUUGGUGAUGCAUAACUUGGACCGCAUUUUUGCAUUUUUGCUUCUAUCUUACAAAUGAUAAAAUGUGCAUUUGUACUCGGCGUCUGAGUUGUUGGGAAAAGCGUCUGUCUGGUAUUGGAGAUGGGGGUUGGAAUGUUGAUACCUGAGACACAUUGAAUCACGCCUCACAUGCAUUAAGGGAUGGGCAUAGUCUAACUAGAUAUAACUCAACUAAUGAUCAUGC